UUUCAGCAUUUUGCAAAAAGUCUGGCAUUAUUUUAGAAGAGACGAAUUUCGAAAACAAAAUUUCUGAUGCCACAAAUUACGAAUUCGAAGGUAACUUCAUCUUCCACUGUCGAUCCUAUUUCACAAGAGUGGAGAGAAGAGCCACUUAUUCGGACUGAGAUUUCGCAUGAUGCACUGGUGGAUGAGACCAUUCCGGAACUCUACUCGGCCGCCGAACAAGCCAUUAAUUUCAAUCCGGACGAAUACCUUCAAGCAUUUUAUUCCAUGCCAACAAAAGAUGUAGCGAUGCAUACCAUACUCUUUUUUCUUCCCGGAAUUCUCUAUUGGAUUCCAGAAAAAAUUCGGACACUGCUCGAUCUCGGAGCUGGUCCUACUGUUUAUGUGCCAAUAACAUUCCGGAAACAUGCCAAGCAAAUUUAUAGCGCAGACUGUGCAGAAAAUAGCUGUGAUAUGCUGAAAAAUUGGGCCAAAAAUAAAUCAUCCUUUGAGUGGACCGAAGUGUGCAAAUGGAUAGCCUGUAUUGAAAAUUCAAAUGAAUCACCAGCUCUCAUGGAAGAAAGCGCUCGUGGCAGAUUCAAAGCCGUUUUGCGGGCUGAUCUGCAUGCUGAACCAAUCAUCAAAUGCGUGCAUUACAAAUGCUCAGACAACGAUGAUAUCCCUCAACAGUUCCAGGUUGUUGUGUCCAUAUUUUGUUUAGAGUAUUCUAGCGAAAAUCUGGAGGGUUAUCGUCGUGCAGUUCGUAAUACGGUGAACUUGAUCGAACCAAACGGAUUUCUGAUACAAGGCGGAGUUCUCCGAGCAAAUGACUAUUAUUUCGGGAAUAGACGUUACAGAUGCCAUCAUUUAACCAAAGAACAGGUUAUCGAAUCUCUGAAGGAAAACAAUAUGGCAGUAGAGAAAGAUGGGAAUUUCAAAUGGUUUGAAUUCGAUGACGUAUUCCUCUUAAUAACCAGGAAAAAAUUUUAAAAAUAUAUGACAGGAAGUAAUUAUUUUACUUCUUUCCAUUACCUUUUAGCUCAAUAGAGAACUUUAUUAUACUUUAACAUCCAGAUUCCUAUAAACAACUAAAACAAGGAUUCUGCGUAAAAGCACCAAAAGCA